AUGGAUUUAAGUAACUCAUUAUAUUCAACGGAACAACUGAUUAAACCAACACCAUCUCAUACUAUAUUUAUAUUAUAUUGUGAAUUUUCUACAAAACGUGCAUCACAAUUAUUUUAUCGUUUACGUAAUCAUGACAGACUAUUACAUUUCAAUUCAUAUCCUGCAUUAAAAUAUCCAUUUGUUUAUAUAUUACAUGGUGGUUAUUAA